AUGGAUACCUUGUUCAGAUUAGUCAGUCUCCAACAAUACCACCACCACCAUCAUCAGGAGGAGGAGGAGCUGCAAGAAUUCCAGCAAUCCGAUCACUCUUUCAACUCAGCCAGCUUAACCACUUCCACCAGCUCCCACUCCCACUCCAAUUCCGCCCCACCACCACCACAACAAUACCACCACCACCCUAAUUCCUUCUACCAAACCCACCAAUCCGACGUCGCACAAGAAUGCUUCAACAUCUUCAUGGAUGAAGACGACUUCUCCUCCUCCUCCUCCAAACACACCCCCAACCCCAACCCCACUAAUUACUAUCCUACCCCUACCCCUACCCCGGACUUCUACCCUCCGCCGCCGCCGCCGGCCCAACACCUCGCGCCCCAGCAGGAGUUCGACUUCACCAGGCCAUGGGCCUCCGACGUCCUCCUCGAGGCCGCCCGGGCCGCGGCCCAACACGACACCACCCGCCUCCAGCACCUGAUGUGGAUCCUCAACGAGCUAGCCUCCCCAUACGGCGACGCCGACCAGAAGCUGGCCUCUUACUUCCUCCAGGCCCUAUUCGCCCGCAUGACCGAGUCCGGCCCAAGAUCCCUCCGCAGCCUCUCCGCCGCCUCCGACCGCUCCUGCUCCUUCGACUCCACCCGCAAGCUCCUCCUCCGCUUCCAGGACGCCAGCCCCUGGACCACCUUCGGACACGUGGCGGCCAACGGCGCCAUCCUCGAGGCACUCGACGGCAACCCCAGGAUCCACAUCGUUGACUUGAGCAGCACGUUUUGCACCCAGUGGCCCACGCUGCUGGAGUCCCUCGCCACCCGCUCCGACGACGCGCCCCACCUCCGCCUCACCACCGUCCUCGGCGGAGCUUCCUCCUCCUCCCGGGUCAUGAAGGAGAUCGGCGGCCGGAUGGAGAAGUUCGCCAGGCUGAUGGGGGUGCCGUUCAAGUUCAACGUCGUCCACCACUCCGGCGACAUGUCGGCCCUCGAUUUCGAUGGUUUGGGGGUGGAGGACGGCGAGGCGCUGGCGAUCAACUGCGUCGGGUCCUUGCACUCCGUGUCGCCGGCGGCAAGCCGGCGGGAGUACGUGGUGUCGAGGUUCCGGCAGCUGCGGCCGAGGGUCGUGACGGUGGUGGAGGAGGAGGCGGACCUCGACGCCGGGGAUUUCGUCCGGGGGUUCGAGGAGUGCCUGCGGUGGUUUAGGGUUUACUUCGAGUGUCUGGAGGAGAGCUUUCCCAAGACGAGCAACGAGCGGCUGAUGCUGGAGAGAGGGGCCGGGAGGGCGAUUCUGGACCUGGUGGCGUGCCCGGCGGCGGAGUCGACGGAGCGGAGGGAGACGGCGGAGAGGUGGUCGGGGAGGUUGAGAGGGAGUGGGUUUUGUCCGGUCGGGUUCAGCGAGGAGGUGAGCGACGACGUGAAGGCGUUGCUGAGGAGGUACAAGGAAGGUUGGUCGAUGCGGCAGAACGGCGGCGGCGGGGAGGGCGCCGGGAUGUUCUUGUGCUGGAAGGAGCAGCCGGUGGUUUGGGCGAGUGCAUGGAGACCGAUUGAUGAUUGA